AUGGCUAAACCUGUAUGUCAUGUUUGGCUUUCCUUGAAGAUGAAGACAAAUAGACAAUAUUCAUUCUCAGGCCCAAAUAAACCAUUGGAUACUCAUCCUGCACUGCACUCCUUCAAGAAUCAAGAGGCGACCUCCCACCUUCGAGAAAAAUCCUCACGCAGCCUGCAGCCACCGUGCCUCUGCCUGCCGUCGGCCCGUCGCCCGUCGCUGCCGAGUUCGCCAGUGACCGACCGGCGACCACCCUCUUCUACUCUUCUUCCGUUCCUUCGCCGAGACGCCCGUUGCACUUACACCCCUAUGGUUCGUUCAUCGAGCCGUCGCAGUCAGUUACCCUUGUUGGAGAACCCAAAUUUAGCAGCAAGUGUGUCUAAAUCCAACCAUUCUAUGCAGACUAAUAAGAGCUCUGGUUCAACCGCUGUAGCAUUAAAACCUCGAGCCAACCAUUCGUCAAGAUUUACUAAUGGGGAAUACAAAGUUUUGGAUGAGUAUGAGGAGGAACGUGAGAAGUACGAGGAAGAUGGUGGUGUACAGGAGUGCAGAAUGGAGGACAGUCACCUGCCCACACAGGGGGAAUUGGAAUAUCUAAAACAGAGAAAACGAUUGAAAGUGACAGUCAGGAAACAGAUGAACAAGGAAUUAGGGACUGCUGAUCCUAGUUCUCGUGAUAAAACCAGUGCAGUGUACAGGAAAAACUAUGGUUUGUUCUUUGGGUCGUCACAGUCGGUUAUUGCUUCCGGAGUGAUUCAAGAAAGCAAGUCCUUGUUGGAGCCCCCAAUUUUGGCAGCAAGGGUGUCUAAAUCCAACCAUUCAAUUUCGGUUAGGUCAGUGAGAUCAGUUCGCCUGGACUAUCCUAAAAUUUAUUUUAGAAUCGGGACAACCGGAAACAUUGGGAAGAAGAUGGUUCUGACAAGCUCGUUUUUGCCUGAUGAAAUUAUUUUUGAGAUUCUCAGUUGGCUACCAAUUAAAUCAUUACUAAGAUUCAAAUGUGUCAGCAAAAUGUGGUGUUCCAUAAUUCAGGAUCACAAGUUCAUGGAUAAGCAUAGGCACCAAACUUCUUCUACUAUGAUAUAUCGAAAUCCUAUUAUGAUGGUUGACAAUCUUGAAGAUCCUGAUUUUCAAUUGGUAGCAUAUGAGAUGGGAGUGAUGUUCGAAAGGAACAAUAAGAACGGAACACAGCGACUGAGGAAGCCGGCUAUCAGACAAAUCCUUGAUUUGCCGCGUACACCUAAAUAUGAAGGCAUGUGGUACAUUCGGGCAACUAAUGUUUUGAAGUUGGUUGGUCUCCAUCAUCAUUCUGUAGUAGGAUAUGGAAGCUGGAUAGAUUAUUCUGUUGUUACGGUUGAUUCUUAUCUUACACGGAGAGACUUGUCUUGCUCAAUUGGCUUUCAAUGCCUAAGGCCGCUACCCCCAACAGUUAUAGGGACGAUGUUCUAUGGCAUCAGGCUGGGAUUUGAGGGCUAUCAUGAGAUAGAUUGUCUUGAUUUGGAAAUUGACAAAAUUAUAAACACUGUUAAAAUCCCACAUGAUUUCUUUUUGGACUGGUCAGAUGUCUGCCCCUUGGUCUGGAACUGGAAGCUAUCUCUUGCCAGAAUAGAACAAGAGCAGUUGCAUGUUUGGGUCUUGGAGGACUACAGUAAGCAUAAAUGGGCUGAUGGCAAGAUUAUUAUACCAUUGACAUUCUUGAAUGGGAACAUGUCGAGCAAAGACGUCAUGCCCUGUGAGAUGAUAGGCCGUAAAUUGUUGUCAUGGGUUAUUCGCGAUCAUUGUUACCGGACGUUUUCUCUCUGUUGA